UCCCACGGCAUGCAUGCACGUAGAAAUGGAGAGCAAUGGAAAACGAUGAUGCCAGCGGAAUAGACUCGGCUCCUGGGGCCGUAUCUCUGCCCUGGUCUGAUUUAUGGUGCCCAGUCAGUGAAGAUUAUUUGAAAGGCUGGGUUAAAACUCUCACAGAAGCUGAACAAGUUAGACAAUGUUUUGAAGAAUCCACAGGCCUCCGGUUUGUGGGGGAGAGAAGGGGGAAGGGUUUUGGCAUGAACGACUCUCUAUCGACACAGUUCGCCGGAACUGCUGGCGUCGAAACACCUUCCAACACCGGCGAAAGCAGAGUGGAUGCCGUGGAUUUCAUGUUGGACUCUAAUGUUACCACCACCAGUACAUCAACUAAGACGUCAGAUCAUACAGAUGUCCCCAAGUUGGCAUUUGUCCGAUACAAACAUGGGAAAUUCAUUCCUUGCGAUGGAGUACCAUUUAUGAUUAUGGGAAAGUACUUUCUUACUUGCUUCUUAGGAAGGAAUAAACAUAAGUCUUCACAACAAGCUUUAAGAGAGGAAAAGUUACAGGUUGACAGACUAGAUAGAAAAAGAAAGAAGAACCACAGAUCAAAGAAGAUUGGAUGUCCAGCCAUGAUGGUUAUGACAGAAGUCAUCAGGUUCCCACAGUACCAGGUCUCCCAGAUGACGAGAAGUAGAAUGACAGACAAGACCAAACUUUUACGAGAGCAUUUACUUCAAAGAGCAGCCAUAGAAACAGAACAUAGGAUCUAUAUUUCACUUCCUUCAGAUGACGAACAUCAGAACACACAUCCUUUAGGACAGAGUCUUGUUGAAUGCUUCCCUCCAAAGAAACAACAAAGACUUACUCCCGUUCAACAAACUGCAGAAAGGUGCAGAGCCAAAAUAGACUCACUUGUACAACUGUUGGAUGUUUGUAAUAACCAGCGCAUACUACGGGAGUUGGAAAAACAGCUUGAUGAUAUGCUUGUCAUGAUGAAACAGAGCAUAGAGUUUGAAAAGAACACAAAGGAACGAUUGAACAAAGGAAGAGCUGAAAAGAAGAGAAGGAAAAGAAAAGAGCAGAUAGAUGGAGUUCCUGUGUGUCUCCAGAGUGAAGAGUGUGUCAAUGAGAUUAUCAUUGCAACAAGUGGAAUCAGUAAAGAGUUGACUUGACACACAGGAGUUUGAAACGUGCUGAAGUAGUCUGAAGAUCUUGAAAAGACCAAA